AUGGUCGUGACGUUCAUUCUCCUUGCUACUGUCCUGCAGCUCGCACACGGUCUUACCAUUGAGAGGCCUCCGCAAGCUCCCCACGUGUUCAACGAUACGGUCGAGUCUGUCGAGCAGCUCGAGGUUACACUACUGGCAGCAGAAAAAAGCGCCAUUCAGCAAAUUCUGGAUACAGUCUCGCUGGAAGAUGCCAAUUUUGACAAUACGAUUCUUCCCUACGUGCAAAACGAGAACAUUCGGCUAGCAAAACUAUUGCCGAUCAGAGUCUAUGAUUCGGGAGACCUCGCCACUGCUGCGAACGAAGUCUAUGCCAAUGUCUCGAACGCCGUGAGGACCGUCUUCGCCAGUGAACCCUACUUCGCCCUGGUCGAUCAUCUCUAUCAGGCAAAUCCAGCACUGAGCGAAGAGGAUGAAAUUGUCCUAAAGGACAUGUGGAACAAGCUCGCCACUUCAGGUCUCAGUCUCGCGGCAGGCGCUGAGCGCGACCAGUAUCUCAACAAGCUGAAGCGCAUCGAAGACAUCCAGGACGAAUUCUUUGCAAAUUUGGACAGUCCGGUCUAUGUCUAUUUCACAGCCGAGGAACUCGACGGAGUAUCUCCUGAUACAAUUCGGACUUUCGACAAUGCCACUGGCGCAAACGCUGGAAAGCUACAAAUCGACAUCUUGAGCAAUGACAAUCUUGGUGAAUUGAUCCUCAAUUCCGUGAACGAGACGACCAGAUUAUCGAUUUUCCUCGCGUAUGAACGUCAGGCGCCGGCAAAUGUCCCUCUCGUCCAGGAGAUGAUUCAGCUGCGAUUCGAGGUUGCACAACUGUUCAACUUUUCGUCGUGGACUGAAUUUGCUAUCCAGAAUACCCUGGCCGCGAACAUCGAAGCGGUAGAGGACUUCAUUGCAGACCUCCGGACCAGUGUUGCCCCUCUAGGCCAAAGCGAGCAAGCAGUCAUCAAUGACUUGAAGUCGAAAGACGAGCGACUAGUAAGCCCAGUCGGCGAAAAAGACAUUGCGUACCGGUGGGACAAAGAUCGUUACGCCAACAUCGAACGGAAGACCACUGACGCCGUUAACGACGAUGAAGUCAAGGCCUACUUCCCUGCCAAUGUUACUGUACCCGCGAUUUUGGACAUCUACGCGCAGCUCUAUGGACUGCGAUUCGACCGCGUUACGGGCCAGGAUGCCAACGAACUCUCGCCAACGGGCAAGGGUAGUGACUUGGUCUAUCAUCCCGAUGUUGCAAUGUAUGCUGUCUGGGACAAUGAGGCCUACCGUAAUGCGUGCAACGACCCUAAUGACAGUCAUUUCCGGGGAUGGCUUUAUGUCGACAUUUUCCAACGUCCUGGCAAGGACAACACUGGGUUUGAAGACAUGUUCGUUCCCGGAUAUUACGCCGACGGUCGUCGGCAGUACCCAUCGGUGCAAAUUGUCUUGUCACUUCCAAAGUCUCGGGGCGAUGAGGAUGCUCAGCCGACCCUCAUUCAGUACCACCAAUUGGCCUCUAUAUUUCACGAACUAGGGCAUGGCACGCACGAUCUCGUGUCAAUUACGACAUACGCAAGGACCCAUGGUACUUCCAGUGUUCCAACGGAUUUUAUUGAGCUGCCAAGCCAAUUUAUGGAGAACUACGCGCGUGUGCCGGAAGCGAUCAAACAGAUCUCUAAGCAUUGGUCAUCCCUCUCUCCACAAGCCGCCGAAGCAUGGAGAAAGGAGCAAUCCGACCCAGACGCUCCUCUUCCGCCGGCGACCAUGCCCGAUGACCUGAUCGCACAAGUCAUUAAGGGCAAUGACUUUGGAACAGGUUUCGACACGCUGGCCAGCAUCAGCUGGUCGCGCUUCGACCAAGACUUGUAUCAGCUGUCCAGCCUCGACGCCAUCAAGAAUACCAAAGUCGCGGAGGUGUACAACAAAGACUUUCGCAGCAUCCUCGCCAUACCUGAUCCUUCCGACCUCGGGCAGGGUUACGGCUGGGGUAACGAAGUGAGCACGUUCGGCCAGAUUGUAGAGGAUCUGUACGCUGGCUUGUACUACUCGUACCAGUGGUGUCUGGUACGAGCCGAGGACGUGUUCUAUACCGCAUUCUACGACGAUCCCUUCAAUAGCGCGGUCGGUUGGAGAUAUCGUCAACAGGUUUUGCAGCCUGGCAGCUCCAAGAACGUCUCGUCCUUGUUGCCAUCUUUUCUCGGUCGCGAGCCGAACAAUGAGGGCUAUUACAGGUACUUGGGUAUCAAGCAUUGA